UCACUUCCGGGUCGAGUCCAAUCCCAUUCCAGAAGUCGAAGCUUGUUAGUUAAUUUGCUAAAAACGUCUGUGAUCAGAGAAGAAGAAACUAACAACAUGGCGACAACUAUCAGCACCCAGCGGGGACAGCACAGACAUUGGUCCACGGUGAUGACUGCAGAGAGCGCAAAAGCCUCAGAGGUGUAUAUCGGCGAGCUUCCCCAGGACUUCCUGCGGAUCACUCCCACACAGCAGCAGCAGCAGGUCCAGCUGGAUGCCCAGGCAGCCAGACAGCUGCAAUAUGGAGGCUCACUCGGCACUGUAGGGCGACUCAGCAUUACUGUGGUCCAGGCAAAGCUGGCUAAAAACUAUGGUAUGACCCGGAUGGAUCCGUACUGUAGGAUCCGACUGGGCUAUGCAGUCUAUGAGACCCCAACUGCUCACAACGGAGCCAAGAACCCACGCUGGAACAAGGUGAUCCAGUGCACAGUGCCUCCUGGGGUGGAUUCCUUCUACCUGGAGAUCUUUGAUGAGAGAGCGUUCUCCAUGGAUGACAGGAUAGCAUGGACUCAUGUCACCAUCCCUGAAAGCCUGAGGGAGGGCAGGGUGGUGGAUGAGUGGUUUAGCCUCAGUGGCAGGCAGGGCGACGACAAGGAGGGCAUGAUCAACCUGGUGAUGUCUUUUGCUUCCUUACCAGCAGGGAUGAUGACUCAGCCUGUUGUCCUAAUGCCAUCUGUGUAUCAGCAAGGAGUAGGAUACGUGCCCAUUACAGGAGUGCCUACAGUCUACAACCAGGGUAUGGUGCCCAUGUCAAUGCCAGCAGCCAUGCCAGCUGUUGGGACCCAGGGGCCAGUGUGCAGCGAGGAGGACCUGAAGGCUCUGCAGGACAUGUUCCCCAACCUGGAUAAGGAGGUGGUUCGCACUGUGCUGGAUGCUCAGCAAGGCAACAAGGACGCAGCCAUCAAUUCUUUGCUGCAAAUGGCUGAGGAACUCUAACUGCAGAGUACAAGCUCACAGCGGACAUGCCAACACACACGUGCACACACACACACACACACGCAUGCAUGCACAUGAAACCAGUCUUUACUUAUGGAGAGACUGCUCAUCCAUUGCACACAUACACAUACUUGGAUAGAGUCCUCCCACACUGCAGCCAUGUCUGAGCUCCCAGCAGUUCAACUGGUAGUCUCAGAAGUUUAUUUUCUCUCACUGUUGGCCUCAUGGUACAUGAAACCUGGAUUGUCUGUGCUAACACACAUAUACCAUAUCCUGAAAUUAUUGCAACAACGUUAUUCACCUUUGGGUUUAAGAUGAUAUCAUUUGCAGAUGUAUUCGGGCCAUUCUUUAAGUUAUGAUUGGAUCAUUAAAGUUUGUAUCACAGCACAGACUCAGAUCGAACAUUGAAAUUAUAGUAGAGUGACUUGAUGACUGUUGUAAAUCUUAGAAGCCCAAAUGAUCUGUUUCUUGAUUGUUUCAACAUUACAUUCUUUCCCUCUGUCCAUGGUAACCCACGUGUUUUCCCCCCACUGAUCCCAGGUUUUGAUUUGUACCAUUUGAGCUGCAGUGAGUCCAUCUCCAGUUUAUGGUAGUUUUAAUAGUGUGUGGAGAACCUGUCUAAAGUAACCGGCAAUGAACUGCUUCUGUUUCAUAUGUAGCUGUAAAAUGUUCAGUGCACUCUAAAUCUGAUAAAUUAUUAUGUAUGUUUUAAAUUAUAUAGAAUCUAUAAGAUGAUGAGAGAAGUGUGAAUGAACAAGUGACCUGACGGAUUGAGGGAUCUUUCACAGUGACCCAUUUCCAGUCAGUGAAGUGAGGAUGUUAAGACUUGACGUUGAUAGUUAAUAUCCUGUGGAGUCACUUCCAAAACGAAGACCUGAGGUAAAGACACAGUGUGAGCAUGAUGAGAUGUAACUUCAGUCAGAAUGUUGCAACGCCCAGUAGGAUGUUGUCUGUUGUGCUUUUGAGACCAAGAUGUCUACAUGGUAGUGAUGUGUGGAUCAGCUCUGAGUUCAUCUGAAUCUGCAUGUUCACGUAAUCAUCCACCUGCCGCACACUCAAACAAAUAAUUUUCUCUGAAAGAAAGACCUGCUGGUGCACUGGACAUUUCACUACACCUCUACACGUCUCUGUAUAUUUAGCCUUUUAAAUUAUGUCAACCAGUGCAAGCUCUCCAUGUGAUCCCUUUAUUUUGUUGUAUUGGUGUAUGAGUGUUUCUUCAACAAUUUAAUGAUUAGAGAGGCUACUUUCAGUUAUUUAACAUUUACAUGUGCACCAUAGUAAUAUCACGGCAGCAAAUGGCUCAUUUAAGCAGCGAAACUAAAAGUUGUAGUUAUAAACUUGACAUUAUAGAGGAAACGCUCCAUGGGAAGCAGAAUUACACUUUUAGCUUCUGAAAUACACAUUAGACAUUAGACAGUUCUGAUGAAAGUCAGGAUUCAUCAGGAGGACAGCUGCUUUGGCCCAAUCAGUUUGACUCUGAACUUGGACUGUGUGUGACCAAGAACACAGAACAUAAAUUAACAUCAGAUUCUGACCAAUACUGUUGGUGUGUUGGGAGAUUUAAAUAAUCAGCUGGGCAUCGUGUGUAAAGCACUCCCCAUCCCAUCUAAUACAUCCUCUAUUAAUCACAAGGUUAAUUCUUAUGACCUGGCUACUCAAAUGUCAAAUUAACAGCAGUGCCCGUGGAUAGAACUUCCUGCAUCACUAGUACUCAGUGACUCAGGUAAAAUGGAGACCUGAACACAGUCAUUUAGUCCACUUUUAAUGAGCUAAAUAAAUAGUUGAUCAGUGAGGCCUAAGAUGACAGUGACCAGACUUAAAUAUGCGCUGGAUGUUCAGGGUCUCCAGAAGGUGACUCCUGACUUGUACUAUAGCACCAUCAGGUCAAAGAUUUCACAUAAGGAAAAAAUUGACUGGGUUAGCGCAUUCAUGAUACAUAGGUCGAUGUAAUGGACAUCAGCUUCUAACACUGCAAGCAGAGCUUUACAUGUAUAGCUUUCCAUUGACAAGUAGGUUUUGAGGUCUUGUUGUUAAUGUGCUGUUUGCCAAAGGUUUCAUUUAAGAGAUGUUGUCUGAUAGUUGUGAUUUUUCACUUGUGAUUCCAAAAUGAGAUUCUUAAAAUGUCACAUUUUA